AUGAUUCUUUCUUACAUCUUUGGCCUGCUGGUUGCCACGUCCGGUUUGGCUGAGGCCGUGCACAUCACCGGUUAUGAAUACGUCGUUGUCGGUUCUGGUGCUGGUGGUGGUCCCCUGGCCGCCCGCCUCGCUUUGGCCGGCCACAAGACACUGCUCCUCGAGGCCGGCGAUGAUCAGGGUGAAAAAUAUAACUAUACCAUCCCUGCCUAUUCUGCCAGAGCCUCCGAGGACGCGAAGCUUGCGUGGAACUUCUUCGUUCAUCACUACGAAGAUGAGGAGCGUCAGGCUCGUGAUUGGAAGGCUAGCUAUGAGACACCUGAUGGCGGUAUAUACACCGGCCUGAACCCUCCCAAGGGCUCAACCUUGAAGGGUAUCCUCUACCCUCGUACAGGUAGCCUCGGUGGCUGCACUGCCCACAAUUCCUUGAUCGCAGUCUACCCCCAUCAGUCUGACUUCGAAUACAUUGAGACCAUCACCGGCGAUAACUCUUGGACACCCGACAUUAUGCGCAAAUACUUCACGAAGCUAGAGAAGAACGGUUAUGCGCUUCCUGAAUCCACAGCUAAUGGCCACGGUUACGACGGCUGGUUGUCGACCGAAACUGCACCACUUAGCAUUGUCUUGGAUGAUCCUCAGCUGACGAGUAUGCUCACUGGUGGUGCGUUUGCGCUCGGUAACUUCACUGAUCACCCUAUGAGCCUUGAUACUCUGCUGCUUGGCGAUGCCAAUGCCGAUACCAAGACUCGGGACACCGACCCCGGCUACUACCAGGUCCCUAUCUCCACCAAUGAUGCUCACCGGAAUGGUGCCCGCGAGUUUAUUAUCGCUGUGCGCGAUGCUAAGAAUGACGAUGGAUCUAAGAAGUACCCUCUUGAUGUCCGCAUGAACACCUAUGUCACCAAGGUGACCUUUAACGAGCCCGAGAAUGGAGCUCUACCCCGCGCCACCGGUGUCGAGUUCCUCGAGGGUGAGUAUCUCUAUAAAGCUAGCCCUAUGUCAAAAUCGGCUCUUCCAGGAACCCCCGGCUCCGCCACUGCUUGUCGAGAAGUUAUUGUUGCCGGCGGAGUAUAUAACUCUCCGCAGAUCCUCAAGCUGAGUGGUAUCGGACCCGCAGAGGAACUAAAGAAGUUCGGUAUCAAGGUCAUCAAGGAUCUCCCCGGGGUGGGAACCAACUUACAGGACCACUAUGAGAUUUCCGUCCAGGGUAAGGUUGAGAAGGAUUUCUCCUGCUUGGACAAGUGCACCUUCAGCAUUCAUGACCAGGACGACCCUUGUAUCAGUGACUGGGAGUCUCCUUCGAACCUUAGUGAUCGCGGUAUCUACUCAUCCUCCGGUUCCACCGCCACCAUGUUAUAUAAAAGCUCGACGGCCGGCGAUGACUUCGACAUUUUCCAAUUCAGUGGCCCCGUUAAUUUCCGUGGUUACUUCCCUGACUACAGUAUCAACGCCACUGACGAACACAACUGGUUUACCUGGGCAAUCCUCAAGGCUCACCCCCGCAAUUCUGCCGGUACCGUCGCUCUCCAGUCUGCUGAUCCCCUUGACAUGCCCAAGAUUACCUUCAACUACUUCGACACCGGUGUGGGCGAUUACGAGGCUGAUCUCACUGCUCUUUAUGAAGCGGUCGAGCUCGCCCGUGACGCGUUCAAGCGCCAGAUCGUCAACAUUACCGAGGUUCUUCCCGGCGCUGACGUCCAGUCUGAGGAGGAUAUCAAGGAUUACGUUAAGGAUGGCGCUUGGGGCCACCAUGCUUCCUGCACUUGCGCUAUUGGUGCUGACCAUGACCCGAGGGCUGUCUUGGACUCGAAAUUCCGCGUCCGCGGUGUCUCUGGUCUUCGUGUCGUCGAUGCUUCAGUCUACCCCAAGAUUCCCGGUACUUUCACCGCUGUGUCUACUUACAUGAUUGCUGAGAAGGCUGCCGAUGACAUUCUGAAGGAGCUUGAGGCUAGCUCUUAA